AAGUGUAAUCGAAAUGUUGUGAAAUCACCUGAAAAUCACAACAUAAUUUAUUGUGAGUUUAAUCACUAUGUAGAAAACAGUAUUUUUGUCAGCAAAUAGAAGUGUAAGCGAACAAAACAUGUCAGACGACGAAGUAAUACGAUUUGAGAUCACUGACAAUGAUUUGGACGACGAAUUUAAUCCAAACAGAAAUAGAAGGGCCAAAAAGGAGUUCCAGAUUUAUGGUGUAUGGGCCAAAGACAGUGAUGAUGAUGAGAACGAAGAUAACAUUAGACAGAGAGUUCGGAAACCAAAAGACUAUUCAGCCCCAAUUGGUUUUGUUGCUGGCGGGGUGCAGCAGGCGGGGAAGAAGAAAAACGAGAAAAAAGAGCUCCAAUCAACUGAGCCCUCAACUUCUAAACCAAUCAUAGUAGAUAGUUCAGAUGAAGAUGAUGCAAAUCAACCGAAUGAGAGUGAAACAGCUGGCAUACGUAGAUCCGGUAUGGGGAUGAAAUCGGCCAAUAUUGGUGGCAAUAUGGGAACUUGGGAGAAACAUACCAAGGGGAUUGGUGCUAAAUUGUUGCUUCAGAUGGGCUACCAACCUGGCAAAGGUCUGGGUAAAGACUUACAAGGUAUAUCAGCACCUGUUGAAGCCACCAUCAGGAAAGGCCGAGGGGCCAUUGGCGCUUAUGGACCUGAGAAAGCCGCUCUGAAAGCCAAAAAAGAAGAAGAGAAACGUUUAAAAGAAAAAGAGGAACAAGAGAAGGGGAAACAAGAGAAGACCUAUAAUUGGAAAAAGUGUCAUAAAGGACGUUAUUUCUACCGAGACGCUGCCGAUGUCAUCUUGGAGGGUAAACCGUCUAUGCACACAGUUUCAAGUAGCGAACUUUCCCGGGUGCCGGUCAUUGACAUGACUGGCAAGCAAAAACGAGUCCUUAGCGGGUAUCACGCACUUCGCGCUACCGCGCCAAGGUUCGAACACGAACAAAGGCGGGAUUGUCGAAACUUCGCAGCGCCCGAGCUUGCUAGGAACCUGGAUGCUAUGCUCGAGUGCUGUGAACAGGAUAUUAUUCAAAACGCUCGCGAACUUCAACAAGCAGAAGACGAGAUUGUGGUCCUGGAACGUGAUUUAGAAGAAGGUAGUAAGAAGCUGCGAGAACACGACGUGGUGGUCGGUAAGGUGCAGGAUAUUCUGCAAAGAGUUGAGGAAUUGAACAAGCCUGAUAUUUCUUUGGAGACUGCUUACGAGGUCCUGGCCGAUUUGAAGGAAUCGUACCCACUGGAGUAUGAGAUGUUCGGCCUAGGCACAAUCGCGGCGAACAUCGUCAGCCCCCUCAUGAGUGCGUUGUUAGCCGCCUGGGAGCCUUUGCAGAACCCCGAAGAGCCUAUUCCAAUAUUUUUGAAGUGGAAGAAGCUUUUGACCGACGACGCCUAUAAUACCUUGCUUUGGCAACAUUAUGUGCCCAGUUUGACGGCGGCCGCUGAGUGUGCUAAACCUUCUAUUUAUAACGGAAUAGGAAAAGGAGGAGGUGAUGCCCUAGCAAGUACAGUGUACCCUCUAAUCCGGUCCCGCCUAGCGACGGCCCUGACCGCGUGGCACCCUGCGGACGGAUCUGCACGGCCGCUGCUGGCCGCCUGGAAAGACGCCUGGGGCGGCGCCCUGACCGCCAUGCUGCAUCAGCACAUUGUGCCUAAGCUGGAACAUUGCUUGCAGACUGCACCUCUAGAACUUGUUGGGAGAGAGAACACGGCGUGGCUGUGGUGCGUGGACUGGCUGGCGCUGCUGGGCGCGCCCACGGUGGCGGCGGUGGCGGCGCGCGCGCUGCUGCCGCGCUGGCUGGCGGCGCUGGCCGCGUGGCUCAACGCCGCGCCGCCGCACGCCACCGUGCUCAACUCCUACACGCAGUUCAAGAAAAUGUUUCCUGAAGAAGUCCUCAAAGAACCAGCCGUACGAGACGCUUUCAGAAAGGCUUUGGACAUGAUGAAUCGAAGUACCGACAUCGAUUCGAUCGAGGCCCCACCGCCGCCACGCUUCACCAUAACGGACACCAAGGAGACCUCAAAAAUAUCAGAAAUAUUGGCCACUACAACUCAACACAAGAGUUUUUCAGAAUUAUUGGAGUCUAAAUGCAUUGAAAAGGGAAUUACAUUCGUACCAAUUCCCGGCAAGAGCAGGGAAGGCAGGCCGUUGUACAAAAUCGGAGAAUUGCAAUGUUAUGUUAUAAGGAAUGUUAUAAUGUUUUCUAAUGACGGCGGUAGGACUUUUUUGCCUAUUGGUUUAGAGAAACUUUUGAGUAUGGUAGAAGAUUAACAUCUGAACGGAUACAAGAAUAAAACAC